AUGCUCUCCGACAGAAGCUUGAAGCAGAAGAUGCAGAAGGUUAAAAUCCAGCUUUUAUUUUCGAAAGUCAUAAGUCCUUGUUUCCUUCUUGUACUAUUAAGUGAAUUCAGAAGGAAGCCAUUGAUCUUCCAGAGUUGUACUGGUUGGAACCGAACACGCUAUUUUACACAUGUAAUGAUAUUGAAUGCCAGUUUAGACUUUCCCCUUAACCCACGAGUGUUUCUUUUCCGAUGCUUCCAAAAGAUUGAGAAGUCUCCAAUCUCCAACGGCACGAUCAACAGAAAACUCUUCAACUUUUAUCUCAAGUUUGGGAAGCCUUAG